AUGUACCAAACAGAUGUUAAAAAGGUACCUACUACUAAAUUUUCUUAUAAUCAACCAAGUUAUACUGAUGAUGCUAACAAUCCCUGGAAUUUAGUUCCGACCUAUAAAUCUAUUUCUUCUAACGGUGCUGUUGAAGGGUCACUUAUUGAAACUCCAGAUGACAAUACGAAUAUGUUUUCAGUAUUUACUACUUCUAUUUUAGCUGUAUAUUUUAUGCUGACAGGCGAUACAAGUGUAGUUUCUUCAUGGGAAUUAACAAAUAAUUGGACUUUGUCGAUUUUAUUAGUUUUAUUUUCAUUUUUCACAACAAUUUAUUUAUUAAACUUAUUUAUUGGGUUACUUUCAAUGGCUAUUGAACAAACAAAUAAUGAAGAAUCCUUUUUAAAACUGAAAGGAGAGAAAAUAAAAAGCACUGAAAAUGAAGAUUAUCCACCACAUUCAUCAUCUGCAAUAUUGGAAAUUACUCAAUUUGACGACUCUCAAAUAGGUGAAAUAUUAAAAGCUCAAGUAACACUAAAAACUCAAAUGGAUGAAAUGAAGAACCAUAUAAAUGAAGCACUAAAGAAUCAAAAUGAA